UCAUUUUGAUUGCUGAUUGGUUACUGAAAUUAUGCCGCUCGCCAAUGAUAUUCUCCCAGAUCACUGCAAAUGAACAGGAAGAAAAGAUGGCGGCGAGAAACGGGAAGAGUGGCAUAUUGGAAAAAUGGAGGAUUGAUGAGAAACCUGUGAAGGUUGACAAGUGGGACGGUGCAGCUGUGAAGAACUCUCUUGACGAUGCAGCUAAGAAGGUGCUCUUGGAGAAGUUCGGCUACGUGGAGAACUUCAACCUGGUAGACGGCCGCCUCUUCAUCUGCACCAUCUCUUGCCUUUUCGCUAUUGUAGCGCUCAUCUGGGACUACCUCCACCCGUUCCCCGAGUCCAAGCCUGUCCUGGCGUGCUGUGUCAUAUCGUAUUUCAUUAUGAUGGGCAUCCUGACCCUCUACACCUCUUACCAAGAGAAGAAUAUUUUCCUGGUGGCCCUUCAGAAGGACCCCGCUGGCAUGGACCCAGAUGACAUCUGGCAGCUCUCCUCCAGUCUCAAAAGGUUCGAUGACCAGUAUACGCUCGUAGUCGCCUUUACGGACGGCAAGACCAAACGCUACCGGGAGAAACCGUUCACCAAGUCCGUGGGGGCGUUCUUUGACGAGAACGGAACUCUGGUGAUGGACCAAUACGAGAAGGACGUCUCGAAACUCCACGACAGCCUGACGGCGGAAAAGAAGACAAAGUAACGGGGCCGGCGUGGUCCUGUUGUGGAUGCCAGCCUUUGCCCCACCCCAGCGUAGCCCCGUCGCUGUGGAGGGCACGGUGGAGUCUGUCUGGGGUUGGUUGUCUCGUCACCCUACAUUUGCAUCAGUCUGCCUGUUCGCUCUUUCUCGUCAUCGCUCAUGUUUCUACACUGGUCAGGUAUUUGCUCCGUUGUCAAAGUCACACAUCUCAAGUCUCUGUUUAUAUGAAAUGCGUGUUAGAUAACGUCCCAAUGGUCCCUUCUCUUCUCGCCCCGCUCAUCCCUGCCUUGUGCCCAAGGCUACGGGCCCAAGAGAACGGUUCUAUGUGUGCUGGUCUGUUCUACACGUUCUACAGGGGUUCUCCAACCUACCUUGUGCAGAUGUCACAUACAUACAUUUGCUCUGGGAUGUUCUGUUUUUUCUUUUCUGUUUUUUCUUUUUCUUUUUUUUUUUCAAAUCCGUGUGAAGUAAUUUCGGUUUAAUUCAUUACUCCGAUUUUAUUUGUUUGUUUGUUGUUUUGUUUUUUUCAUUUCACACAGAUGGACACAAUGCCUUAUAAAGAGAGUUGUAUGAAUGUCUGCACUUGUGUUGUCCUCUCCUGCUUUUGUAAUCGCUGACCUACAUUCUUUAUUCUUGAGUGAGAGCCUUACACCAUUUCUCUACCCAUCCUGUCAAAAUGACAAAAAAAAAGCUUCUUUGCUAAUAGGCUCCAAAGGGUAAUGUAACAAAAAACAAAACAAAACAAAACAAAAAAAACAUGAAAAUGAGGGACUGGAUUCGGUCCCAAAGCUCAUGUUAUCCCCAUGCCUCUUUUGAUAUGUAGUAGAUUUGAAAGGGUCUUCGGAUCUUACUUUAAAGCAGGGAUAAUUGUUUGGUGUUGUUUUAAGGGUAAGGGUAUGAAACGAAGCGGUCUUUGAUCAGUUGACCCUACUCAAGAACCUAAGGGGGACAUUGGUAUUGUUUUGGUUUCAGUUACCCAUGACGCCAUGUCAUUUAACUUAUUCUGUAACGGUUAGGUAAACAUAUGGAUACAGAGGUGUUUUUUUUUAUUAUUAUUUGUAUAAAGAUAAGCAGUCACAAACCACAGACGUUGCAGAAAUUUCUGUUUGUAGAUCUUGAGUAAACUUUAGCUACCUUUUGUUGUGCGUGCCAGUUCUUCCCCCAAAAAAGUAUCAAAUAAAGUGAAAAAGGCAUUUUUA